AUGUUUAUUACCGUUGAAAUCAUCGAAAAGGGGUGCUUUGACUCUUUGCAGCCAUGGAACUCCGCGCAGAUCGUCUACCUAAAUCUGGGCGGGCGAGUAGUGAUUCUUUUGGAGAAGAUUGGUGACUCGGGAAAUAACGCACUUUAUCAAGCCAACUUAUUCGUCCAAGUGCAGCAUUCGUUGACGGCCGACCCCGCCUUUGGUGGAAGAUCCCUGUAA